AUGUCAUCCAAACCUCCAGCCCCCAGCCGGGUCGGCAUCAUUGGCCAGAAGCGGGAAAGGACUGCCAGCCCACCCAAAGCAAGCGCGCAUUCACCCACCCCAAUCACGGGAUCUCGCCUUCCCACAGACGUGACAGCCACGGAGCAGCGGCCUGUUGACAUGACAGUUGACGAACAGUCACCCUUUCCCCCUCAAAACACGAGACCCGCCCUUACUCUUAAUCUGCCGGCGGAGGAACAUCGUGCGACUCACACAAUACCCACGGAAAUGGAGCGACUGCGGCGUGUUAGUAUCUCGUCUAAUCAAAAGCGGCGAUUGCAGGCUCGCGAGGCGAGACCUAGCUUGUCUACACCUAAUCCAUCGACCAAAGUGCGUCCGCCUCGCCCAGGAUCUCCGUUUCUCCCUUCAGAAGAACUAGUUGUUCCUCAUACAUUGUCUGUAGAACGGAGUCAGCAGCCCGCUCCAGUUCGAGGCACCAGCCUCAGCCGUGGUGUAGGAGUAGAACAGCAUAUUCCUAAUCCAAGGUCUAGGGAACAUGUUGAGCGCUCCUCCCCACCGCUUGAUACCAGAAAUACUCGUUCUGCACCCUCGCCGGGGGCAUCACCUAGCACAAGACGCCCGGAUCCAGAUCGACAAGAGAGCGGAGAAAGUGCCCGCGCUGAGGUAGAUAGCCAAACUCGGCAAAUGGUUAAAGCUACAAAAGAGCUCCGCAAGCUGAAUGAAUUAUUCGAUUGCUACUCAACUUCGUCUAUAGACACUGGAGACUACAAUUCGAGAGCUAGGCAACUUCGCCAACGGGUUAUGAUCCGACCAGACAUUAUCAAGGAGUUCGAACGACAACUUGUACACGCCAAUUAUCUCAUCUGGAAUGGCGCCCAAGUGCCUUCCAAAUUCACAUCUUGCGCACCAUAUAACGAAGAGAUUAUGGAAGUCUUACGAACGACCCCCAACCUGGAGGAGAGGCUUGCAACCUUCAAGACCAUGCUGCACUCGCUGCAGCAACAUUCUAGUAGCGGUCACUCUCGCAACGCGGCGCGGGAAGAAAAGAUCAGGCAACUGGAGCUGGUUCUUCAAGAUGUCAGCAUUGAUCUUACAAUAUUGGAGCAUGAGCAAGAGGGGCAGGGCAUGGAGCAUGAGGCCACUUCUAGCACCGUCAGUUCCAGUGCCAGUGCUUCUCACGCCAACAGAGUUGGGAGUCGUUCACGUCGAGCCCAUACGCCGCGUACGGUUCAUGUGAUGAAGCCACUAGAAGAAUUCCCGAGCCUUCCACCUUGA